CUUUACAUUUGAGAAGUGAAAUGUGUUCAUACUGGCAGAGUACCGGACUGAUGCAGGUCAGUUGAAUCCUCUCAGCUGGCAUCACCAGCUUCUGUCAAGUGGCUGAAACGUCAAAGUUUCUGGGAUCUGAUAGUAUGGGAGACUCUUCAAACUUCCAGACACUGCUCUAAUACAAGUGGUUGCUUCUUGGUGAGCUGCGAACUCUUCUGAGCCACAUCUAACCUGACACAGCGGACCAGUAACCUGAUGGAUGAGUCGAGGAGCAGCAGGGACCUGUCCGCGCAGCACAGCGGGGCCGCUCGUUCAGAGUCCGAGCCGAGGACCGGAGAGCAGCCGGAGCAGCUCGCCAAUCUGAACUGUCUACCGGAGAGAUACCGAACCGCCAAGUCCAGCCUGGCGGCGUACCUGCUUUGCUGGGCUCUGCUCCGAUGGUACAAGAAACUCCGAUGCCAGUCAGCUCCGCUACAGCCCCAGGAAGCCCUUGAAGACUCCCCCCAACUCUCUGACGGAUUAGGCUUAGAGGAGGGGGAAUUGGGUGCUGACUCCUUGGAAUGGUGCGAGAGAAGCAUAGGAGGGGGUGACACCUCUGAUGAGUAUUUUGACUCCCGCUCAUGGCACAGCGACACCCUGUCAGAUUUGAGUCCGGACGGGGAGGACUCUCUGGAUGCCCUGCUGGGGCUGGAGGAUACCUGCGUUGGUCGACGAGCAACAUGUGGCAGCUUCCACGUUGGUCAGAGUAAAACGCGGAGGAGAGAGUCAGUGUCAGCUAAGGACAGCCAGAGAGAUGUUACAGAGACUUAUGUUGGACGAUCCAACUGUAACAGGAGGAAAAGCCCAGAGAAUCCUGUGGAUCCUGAUAUCCCCUUGAAAUUCAGCACCAGAGACCUGAGCCCGACACAGAUCCGACCCCAUACCAGUACAGAGACACUAAAACUAGACUUGCACCGAGAACAGUCCAGUUUAGAGGCUGUUUGCACAGACACAGAAGUCAAUAGCAGCACGGAGCUGUACAGUUUACAUGUACAAAGCCAACAUAAAACAGACGCCUUUGACAUAAAGGUAACUAGCCCACCAGACACUCAGGAAGUGAAAGAAAAGUUACAAACUCAGCUUGAAGAAAGUAAUCCCAUCAUACUGAGAGAAUCUACUAACUCAGAAACAUGCACAGUACAGAUAGAUAACAUAGAUGACAAGGCAGUGGAGACACAACAAUGGCAAAGCACACACCAACAAGAGACAAGGUUACAGACAGGAAACACAAAUAGAAAACACGUAGAGAGCACAGACAGACAAAGAUUAGAAAUAUGUAAUGUUCAGGAUGUAGAAGUAGAGAAUACAGAACUGCUCAGCACUUACUAUACAGAUAAAAUCCCAGGUUCACAUAGAUGCAACAGUGACUGUAAUGAUGGACAUCACAUACAGAGAGAAAAUGUAGAGCAUCAGGGUAUAAUCAAUGAAGACAGGAAGAUACAGGCCAUAAAAGAGCAGAGCAAGGAUAAAAAGGACUUGUGCAAGAGUUUGGGGACAUACUGUAAUGGAACACAUUACAAAAUACAGAGUAACUGUAAAGAUAGCAUAUGCAUAGUUGAUACACAUUUCAAUGAUGUAAUAAAUGCACAAACAUCUGACUAUAAUUGUACAGCCGCAAGCUCUAAAUCUGAGACAAAAUACACAGACUCUCAGUUAAUUACAGAAUUUGUUGUAGCAAGUCCAAACAUCACAGAGGCACAUGGCAUAAAGACAAAUAGUGUAUCACACAACAAAAAGUCAGAGUUCAGAGACACACCUGAUACACAAAUCAAUGUAUUAGCACGCAACGUGGAUGUUUGCUGUUCACGAACUCUUUGUGAGGAGAGCCCCAACAGAGGACUGUCACAGAUCCACCCUCAGGUUUGUACUAGUGUAACAAAGCGCCAGGAUAAGGCAUGGGUGUCAGGUGUCUGCUUCCAGGCGGAGCAAUGUGGAUGUGUUGGCACUACAACAGAGAGGACUAAACCACCUGGGACAGUAAAUGAAAUCUGUUCCUCCAUCACAUUUUCCACAGAGACCACAGCUUCUUUUCCAUUGGAUACCUGCGCUACUGAGCUGACUGUAGUUCCAAAGGUUUCUAAACGAGCCUUACCUGUCCCGUUGGCAGGCCCAGACAGGGAGGAGUUCAUUGAGAGGCAACCAGAUCAAAAACAACCCCAGUGUGCAAGGUUACAACCUUGGCAAAUACCUGGUCAAACCAAGGAUUUAAUCCCUAAUCACUUUGAUGAGGGGGAUGCUGCAAUAGAAAAAAACACUCACAGACAGCUUUAUUCUGUGGACAAGCAUUUGGAGAGGGUACAGUCAGGCUCUGUAGAACCAGGGUCUGAUUCAACUCAAAUCCAGUCUGACACUGUUAGGGGGUCUGAGGAAUGUCUGCCUCAUCGCCCCUUCUCAAAUAAUCUGCUGUUUUUCUCCAGCAACCGAGGAGUAGAGGAUACCUCCCCUCUGUUAUCAGAGAACUUGAGAGGAGAGAGGAAGAGGGUAGGAUCACCCUGCUCUCUUCUCCAGCAAAACAAGGAGCAGGAGGGGGAGGGCAGUCAUGAUUAUCUUGACCAGCAACAAGAUGUGGAAGCAGUAAGCAAAGUCAGUCUUGCACAGUUACAACUUGGCACAGCAAAGCUUUCUGUGCAAAGUGAGCAGAGAGUAAUUCACAAAGCAUUUGCCAGUGAUCCAGAUGCCUACUUUAAUCAGCAUGUGCCUAAUAAGAUAAGAAAAACAUCAACAUGUCCUGCUGAUACCGAGUCUGUUCAGGACAGUAGCACAGAACACCCAGGUGUUGCUCAAGAGGCCAUUUCCCUGACAGACAUAGAGACCAUUGUCAGCACAGUUUCUAGUCUUUGUAAGCAAGUUCAGCGGGAGCCGAAGAUCCCUGAAUCUCCCUGUGGCCUGAAAGCCUCUCUUUCUCUACUCUCAGACUCCAACAAUAACACCAAGGCCAGUAUAAAAGGGGUGGAGAGAGGGGAAGGCCUAGGCUGUUUCUUAGGGGGAGCCCAGAGCAACUUGGAAAACAGUGAGAAAAUAAUUUGCCAUCUGGUUCCGCCAUCAACAAAGGUGACCCCUGACUCCUUGGAAGAUGUAGACAAGCCCCAAGAAGAUUCUGGGGUGUUCCUGUCUUCACUGGAUUACAGAGCUAACUGGAGCAGUGAGGAUUCUGAAUCUGGGUUAGUGAAAGACCUUGAAAAUCACUGUCAUUUAAGCCUAGCUCAUGCAGAUGAGCUCAGAAAACUAAAGACAGAGAGAAGUAUUGAGGAGAACACUGUUGCAAGCAGUCUAGAUUCAAAGUACUCUAAUUCAGAAAGAAAUGAAGGCCUUAAGCACUUAGUGUCAGAGAACAGAGGCCUGUUAGUGGACAGUGAAUUUAAAGAAGAGAGGCACUAUUGUAGCCAGCCAGGGGAUCACAGCUUACCUAACAGAGGAAGAAGCAGCUCAUCAGAAUCAUUUGAAGAAUAUACUCUGGCUGAGGAGUGCAGAGAACACACACAGGUCAUUGUGCCAGCUUCACAGCAAAAGGUGAGGGUAGGAAGGUACUCACAGCCUGAUGUCAGCCUGAACCUGCUUUCUAUCGGUAGCUUAGAGCCAAUUCUGGAGGCUGACCGUUCACUGGAAAACUGUUGUACAGCAGAGGAUGAUUUAAAAGUAGAAACAAAGAAAGAACACAAUAUCAUGAGGCCUGCUGAGGAAGUCAGGAAUACUGUUACCCAUUCUGGGGACAUCUGCAGUUCCAAGAGUCCACAACUCCUGUCUGAGCAGGAAGAAGAGUCUUUAACCACUGCUGAGUUAGAACCUGAGCUAAACCCAGCAACACCUGUCCUACGAAGUAGUAGUGAAAGGCGCUGUAGACCUAUGACUGUUGCCUAUGAUGCUGUGUCUUACACUUCAACUAGUAGCAACUUCGAUGAGAUGGAUGAUCCUCAAUUUGCUGUUUCAGACCGAAAUGCCAACUCUGACAAAAUAACUAAGAGAAACAAAACAAAAGGCAACCAGACAGGAAAUAAAGGCUCAAAGUUUUCCGUCUUUACUAAAAUGCCUUCUUUUAGGAAGGCUAAGGGCUCAAAGGGUGCAAAAAAUGAGGAGGUACCGCAGGAGUUAGCAGUUGGAGGAGGUGAGGGCCUUCUGCCUGAGCAAGGGCCACAGGGAGACAACUCAGAUGAUGAAGUUUUUGUCAAAGACGAUAUCCUAAACCAAACAGUCCACCAAGCAUUUUCCUCAGUGCGUUAUGAGAUGGAAGAAGAGGACUGUGGCUUCUUCCCCUCUACCCCCCGCACUCGCCAUGUCCGCCAGCUAGUCAGCCAAGGGAGUAGCGGGGAGGGUGACGGAGGACCCAACACAGACAAUCCCCUCCUUAGGCAAGUCCAGUCACCUAAUGGGCAGACCUACAAGAGAAGCAAGAGCAAUGACAGUUUAAACAUCCGCAUGCGCUUUGCACAGGCACACAAGUCCCUUUCCAGUCUUUUCGAGUCUCGUUCAAUGGACAAGGAGAAUGAAGAACAGGCUAGUGUGGGUAUUGAAGGGGAUUCUGGUAAAGCCAAACAAUCUUGGAGGAAACUAAAGAAGGCCAGGGAGGCUGAGCUGCUGAAAAGAACUACGUCAGUGACAGAUGGAGAAUGUAGCAACACUGCUUCUGGGCAGGACCAUGGAGACCUUACAUCCACUCCACUCCUGGACAGGCUCAGCAAUCCAGGAUCUCCAUCUUCCCUCAGAGCCCUUCGCCACACUGAUCCCAUUUCUAAACGGGGAGUUCCACAGGGGAGUGGAAAGGAAAACCCCCACGAGUGCAAAUCUGAGGGCCAGAGAAGAAAACUUGCACCAAAUGGUCUGCCGAUCACACAGAGUGUGUCUGGCCUACCACCAUUUUUAGAUUACUCUGCAGUCCCACAGCCCAGUCACAUCAGUCCUGUUUCACCUUUGAGCCCCUGCUCACUAGCCACCUUUACUCAUCAGCAUUUGCCAUCCUGGACCAGGUCCCACCCAGGGGCUAAUGAGGGUUUGGUGGAGAGCCCCCUACGGCCAAUGAGCCCUAAACCUAACAGCCCUAGGCCAGCAGCUCAGCGCAAAGUUUUUCGCUACCCUCACUCAACAAGGGCCAGUUCUGUCUCUCCUAUACUUCUGGGCCAAUCGGUCAGUGUGGAGGGGUUGACAGACCCCCCAGAGAGACCUAAGACCCUGAAACCCUCAGCUAGCCCUCUGGGUCUCAGCCUCAGCCCUCUGGACGCAGCCGAGGGCAGAAUAGACAGCCAGUCACACAUCAGCCUGUAUGCCAUUGGCUCCAUCAAUGAAUUAGAGGAUGAAGAGGAGGAGAAAAACAGCAGAGUCAACUCUUUCUCUCUCCCGGCCCCCAGCAGUGUGGUAGAUUUCCAUUCUGGCACAGAAAAUGGUGGUCGACCUGCCAGCCAGUCCAGAACAAGAAAGCUGUUGGAGGCGAAGGGCGAAGGGAAGGUCUCUGUGGUCCUUGGCGGGCUGAGGACUGGCUGCUGGGUGGAUGCGGGCCAUGAUGGAGGUGGCCAGCGACAACGCCGAAAGUGUUCGGAUGAUCUCUGGAUUGAGGAACAAAAGAAUAACAAACGCAAACUGGCUAAAUCCAUCAGGGGGAGCCUGGGUCAACUCAACACACUUUUACCUGAAGACAUGGACAAAACUCAUGCUGGAGUCACCUUGGGGCCAAUCGAGGCCUUCAGAGGGAUGCCCCUCAAGUCCCACUGCUUCUCACAGAGCACCCCCAUCGGUCUGGACUGCCUGGGCUGGAGAAGACACAUCUCCUACUCCUCGGUGGUUGUUCCUGACGGGGCGUCGGAGAAGGCGGGGGCUGGGGACGAGCUGGGCAGUGAAGAGGAUUUGUUGUAUGAAGAGUUCCGUGGCUCUGGACACCGCUUUGGACAUCCAGGAGGAGGUGGAGGAGAGCAACUUGCUAUCAAUGAGCUGAUCAGCGAUGGCAGUGUGGUGUACGCGGAGGCCCUUUGGGACCACGUCACCAUGGAUGACCAAGAGCUGGGCUUUAAGGCCGGUGAUGUCAUCGAAGUAGUGGAUGCCACCAACAAGGAGUGGUGGUGGGGUCGCAUCAUGGACAGCGAGGGCUGGUUCCCUGCCAGCUUUGUACGGUUGCGUGUAAAUCAGGAUGAGCCCAUGGAGGAGUAUCUAGCUCACCUGGAGGAGCCGCAGGCUGGAGAGGAGGACCGGACAGGCCUAGGCUUGCUCUUGGGACCUGGUUUACCCUGCAAGGAACAGAUGAGGACCAACGUCAUCAAUGAGAUUAUGAGCACAGAGAGAGACUACAUCAAACACCUGAAAGACAUCUGCGAGGGUUACAUCAAACAGUGCCGCAAGAGGACGGACAUGUUCAAUGAGGAGCAGCUUCGUACCAUCUUUGGCAACAUUGAAGAUAUCUACCGGUUCCAGAGGAAGUUCCUAAAAGGCCUGGAGAAGAAGUUCAACAAGGAGCAGCCGCACCUCAGUGAGAUCGGCUGCUGCUUCCUUGAACAUCAAACAGAUUUCCAGAUCUAUUCUGAGUAUUGCAACAACCAUCCCAACGCCUGCGUCCAGCUCUCCAAGCUCAUGAAGGUCAACAAGUACGUGUUCUUCUUUGAGGCGUGCCGACUCCUCCAGAAGAUGAUUGACAUUUCUUUGGAUGGCUUCCUGCUCACCCCAGUUCAGAAGAUCUGCAAGUACCCACUGCAGCUGGCUGAGCUGCUUAAAUACACCAAUCCACAGCACAGGGACUACAAAGAUGUGGAGGCUGCCUUAAAUGCCAUGAAGAAUGUGGCCAGGCUCAUCAAUGAGAGGAAACGGCGCCUUGAGAACAUCGACAAGAUCGCCCAAUGGCAGAGCUCCAUAGAGGACUGGGAGGGUGAAGACGUGCUCAGCAGGAGCUCUGAUCUCAUCUUCUCGGGGGAGUUGACCAAACUGUCCCAGCCUCAGGCCAAGAGUCAACAGAGAAUGUUUUUCCUCUUUGACCAUCAGAUGGUGUACUGCAAAAAGGACCUGCUGCGUCGGGACAUGCUGUACUACAAGGGUCGGAUGGACAUGGACCACAUGGAGGUGAUAGAUGUGGAGGAUGGCAAAGAGAAGGAGUUCAACAUCAGCGUGAAAAACACCCUGAAGCUGCGGUCACUAGCCGGUGACGAGGUCCACCUCCUGUGUGCCAAGAAGCCUGAGCAGAAACAGCGCUGGCUCAGAGCCUUCGCUGACGAGAGGAGGCAGGUCCAGCAUGACCGCGAGACAGGCUUCUCACUCACAGAGGUCCAGAAGAAACAGGCCAUGCUGAAUGCCUGUAAAAGCCAUCCAGCUGGGAAACCCAAAGCGGUGACCAGACCCUACUAUGACUUCCUCCUGCGACAGAAACACCCCUCCCUCCCCACUGCUUUGCCCCAGCAGCAGGUCUUCAUGCUGGCUGAGCCUAAGCGCAAAACCUCCACCUUCUGGCACAACAUCGGCAGACUGACACCCUUCAAGAAGUAAAAAAACACACACAAAAAAAAAAAA